AGGUGGGUUAUAUUUGGUUUUAGAAAUUUUUUAGUUAUUGAUAACAUUUGAUAGCUUUUGCUCUAUUUUUAUUACAAUCUACAUAAGAGUGCUGUGAAAUGAUAGUUGAAGUAGUUCACUCACAUAAUUGAACUAAAAUAUAUUUAAUUUUUUUGUGUGAAACCAGGGCCUAUUAAUAAGAAAUGGCAGACGUGUCCUAUGUUUUGUAGUGUAGAAUGACCAAAAAAACCAACCUGGUCAUUCUGUUGUGAGUGAAUAUCGCACACCCGCAAGAAAAGUGACACAACUCAACAAAACAAAAUUUUACAGAAGAGACAGAUGGAAGUUUACUUUUUUGUUUAUAUAAUAAGUAUAUAAGCACUAGGUUGUUAGCCAUUAUCUAUCAAUAUUGUCUUUCGUCUGUCCAAGAAUUAAAUGAUAACACAAAACUUUGAAAAUCCAGCUGUACUACCCCUAAAAACUACCACUUUUGGUUAUGAUUUUUCUUGCAUAUAUUGGCUGUCAGUAAUUUAAAUUUGUUUGUGUGCUCUAAUGAUAAUGGUGGUCAAUUUUUUGUCUUAAUGGGUGUUUACGCCGGAGAGAAUUUUAUUCAUUUUUUAACUUUGUUUAUUUGUUCAAAUAUCCAUGGAGACGAAAAACAAAAAAAGGUCUCGGGGUCCAGCUGGCCAGUUAGUAUUUGAGAGUGAACGAACGCGUUGUUUAAUUCUUUUUUUUUUUAAAAAUCUCAAUUUGUAAUCGAAGUUACAAUUUACGAGCAUACCGCCGGAUUAUGAAGUUGUUAGCCCGCUCAUUGCUGUAAAAUCACAUCGCCUGCAAAUCUUCGCCGCACAUCAUUUUGCUGUUCACAGGUCAGAUCUUUCCUUUCGGCGGCUCACGUCUUCCAAUAAGAUUUUAAUUUGAAGUGUUUGUUCUCUUAAUUGUCAAUUACAGUGAAAAACAUUUAAAAACUAAGUUUUUGUAAAGUUUGAUUAAUUUCCUGUAACAAGUUUGUCACUAUUCUCUUUAAUCUAUUGACCCUGGCCAGGUCACUUUAUUGUUCAACUUAUGUAAAUUAAAUUCACUUUAUGGUCCAAUGGAGUCAACGUGGAGGAACAGGUUCCAGCGAACUAGAAAAGGAUGGUCCAGCAGACCCCAGCAAUAUACAGGGAAAGGCAGACAGCCCAGAUGGUGUAGUGGAGCAUAGACCAACGGAGCAAAGCGCCCCAAUGAACGUCAUCCCCAAUACCAUUUGUGACCAGUAUGUGACACUUUUCAUUAAUGGAAACACUUCCACCAAAAUGAGGGAGCUGGCACCGAGGAAAACACUGUACCAGUUCAGUGGCAAUAAAAUAACAAUGUCACACAGCUGUAUGGCUAAAAACACCCAAUUGCCAAUGACUGCUUCUUCCUCUCCACCUUCUGGUCUAUGAAGGUGCAUCCUGUGCUGCGCAUCACCAAUGCCCUGGCACCGAAGAGACAUGAGCAUUUUCACAUCGGGGAGGAAAAAACUCCGUUUUCCAGUAAACGCUUCGCUCAAAACCGCUACGUGUGUCAGCCCUUGGGCCAGCGCCACACUAGAGAGAAUGUGACAGAAGUUUCUGCGACAGAAAUUUCAUGGUGAAAAAUCCACCCAACCCGAACAAGCCACAUAUACACUGGAAUUGAACGGAAUUACUACAGCCCGCAGCCACUUCUGUUCUACCCCUUUGCCCUGUUUUGACCUACUUAGAUGGAACCUAGCGGAAAAUUCCAUCAACGGGCGCUGGUGCAACAAUGGAGCUCGAUGGAGACAUUACAGUGGAAACUUCCGUUGCAUUCCAUCUAGUGUGACGCUGUCCUUAAUAAUCUAGUUUCUAGAAUUUUUCUUGUGCGUGUGCGGUAUGUCUUUUAUUGUCUUCGCCUGUCUGGACUUAAGCAGUAAUAAAUGAAAAUAUCA